AUGCUCUCAAUCUCAUCGACAAUCUUCAGCUCCACGGGCCUUCUCUACUUAAUUGGGAUCUGGGCGGCAUCUCGUCUCGUCCGCGCCUUAUACAAUGUCUCCCCCCUCCACCCUCUCAGCCACAUCCCAGGGCCGAAGCUCGCAGCAGCCACAUUCCUGUAUGAGGCUUGGUUCGAUUUGAUUCAAGGAGGUCGGUUCACCCACGAGAUCCGGCGAUUGCACGAAAUAUAUGGCCCGGUGGUGCGCAUUAACCCAGAGGAAAUCCACUUCAACGACCCCAGCUUUAUCGACGAGGUGUACUCUACCGCCGGGCGCGCGCGAAACAAACAGCAUCAUUAUGUCGCCUUUGCAACUGGACCGUCCGCCGAGGCGAUGUUCGCCACCAUUGACCAUAAACAGCAUCGCGUUCGACGCAGCGCAAUGAACAAAUUCUUCUCGCGGGCACAGAUUGCUCGGCUGGAGCCUGAGAUCCAGAGGUUGGCGGAUCAGCUCUGCGAUAAGAUUGUCCGACUCGGCACCAAGGACCACGAACCACUCGAUAUAACCAGGGCGUAUAGCUGCUUCGCCGCGGAUGUCAUCUCCGGCUACUGCUUCGGCGAGUCCAUCGGAUUUACGAUCUUUCUUUUUCGAUUCAUACCUGUAACCAAACUUGUGGUACCCUUGGUCCCGUUCCUGUGGAGAUGGCUGUCCCCAUCCUUACAGGUGUACAUGGACGAGUCGACGCAGAAGAUGCCGGCUCGCGUCCGGCAAGCGAGACAGGAGUUCGAGGCGGGCACCAUCCCCAGCCGGCCGACCAUCUUCCACGCCCUGCUUACGUCUUCAUUGCCGGAGGCCGAAAGAACCGACUACCGGUUGACAGGGGAUGGUUUGUCAUUGAACGCCGCCGGGACGGAGACAACUGCUGCAACGACCUACUACCUCCUGAGCCAGCCAGAGACUCUUGCGCGCCUUGUCGAGGAGCUUGAAGCUGCCGACGCCAGCAACCGAACUUGGAACGAGCUUGAGAGACUGCCCUACCUGGGCGCGGUCAUCGCCGAGGCACUUCGCCUGGCCUACGGAGUCAGCCCGCGCAGCCCGCGAAUCGCGCCGACCGAGCGUCUCCUCUACCGUGGUCAGUUCCAGGGACGGAAGAUCGUCUACGACAUCCCCCCCGGCACCCCCGUGGGCAUGUCUAAUGCGAUCAAUCACCACAAUGAGGAUGUGUUUCCCGACUCGCAUAGUUUUAGGGUGGAGCGAUGGCUCGAAGCCGAUGAAGCUCAGCGUCGCAGACUGGAAACGAGUAUGACCUCGUUCUCCCGGGGCAGCCGCUCAUGCGUUGGAAUGAAUCUCGCCUACUGUAACCUAUAUGUGGCGCUAGCGGCCCUCGCGGUGCGGGUGCUCCCCCGAGCGAGACUGUACCAGACGACCGUGGAGGAUGUGGCGUACGAUCAUGAUGUUUUUGUCGGGGUGCCGAAACGGAGCUCGAAAGGGGUGAGGGUUGUUGUUUCCUAG